ACCUGACCUUUUGACAAAAGCAACCAAUGAGUAUUGUGCUAACCAAGGACUACAGAAUUUGUCUCAACUCCAUUGCCCUGAUCUGAAAAUUCAGAGUCCUCAAUUCGCAACCCCGUUUCAAUGUCCAGAGAUUUAGACGAGACGUACCAAGAGAAAGGAAUUAUCAAAAUGCCCAAUUCUGUUGAUGCCAUUCAAAUUUGUCCAAGCUGGAAUCAGUUCCAAAUCGACAGAAAAUCAUUUUGGGCCAAACCCACUCCAGAGAUGUACAGCCUGCGACCAAAAUUUCAGACGCUAAAACCCAAUAUAAUACGGUGGAAACUUAAAAAUACCCAAGAACCCUCUGUUUUGAUUUUCAACAGGAAUCGCAAAACUGGAUCGUCAUAUGUCAUGAGAACAUUGUGGAAAUUGAGUCAAAGGCUGCAUUUCCGAAUGCACAAUCUUAAUCUUGGCGAUGCCCCUUACAGCAGCUUGUCCCAGAUCCAGGAACAACAAUUGGUGGAAAAAAUGAGUAACUCUCCGGGACAUUAUUCCACUCUGUUCUGGAAUCAUUUCUUCUUCAUCGACACGGCUAUUUAUAAUCGGUCUUGGAACAGCAAUUGGAUCAAUUUUGUUCGCCACCCAAUCGAUUGGUUCCUGUCAGACUUUUACUACAGACGUCGGCCAAGUAGAAUUUGGAACAAAAAAGUCAAGCCACCUCAGGAGUGGUUUGAGAGAGAUGCUGAGCUUUGCAUUUUGGAACAAGAUCCGGAAUGUUUCUUCCAAGAUGGUCAAUAUCGUAUCCAACAACUCUCAUACUUUUGUGGAAAUGCUCUUGAAUGUCGAAAAGUGGGUUCUUCAGAAGCAUUGAAAAGAGCCAUCUCUGUAGUGGAUAUGUACUAUUCUGUGGUUGGGAUCACCGAAGACAUGGUAGGAAGUUUAUCAGUAAUGGAGGCACUAUUGCCAAGCUUCUUUAGUGGAUUUCGAUCCAUAUCGGUGAAUGAAGUGAUCAAUGGACAUCCUCAUGAAAGGAAUAUUUCAGCAUCCGCCAAGUUGAAGUUGGAACAGAUGUUUCACUUCGAUAUGAUAUUUUACCAAUUUGCAAAGGAGCGUCUAAGCAACCAAAUGCGAAUCUUGAACAUCUCUGGAAUGAAUCGCAAAGCUGUGAGAACAAGUCUCAACUGAAUAAUGUCGACAUUGAAGCAUCGUACUCAAUUUGAUUCCAUCAAGUCUGGCCGGAUUUGUUGUUUGGGUUUCAAUUCAAAAGGGACGAUUAUUUGAGACGUAAAAGACGAAGUCCAAACCGAGACUGACUUUGGUCACCCUCUUCGUCUUAAUUCAAGUUAAGAACACAUUUCGUUUUGAUCAAAUUUUGAUGCGACGUUUGUUGGCAAGGAUCUUUGGCAUUUUCAAGUUUUUUAACAGGGCAUCUAUUGAAAACAUUAUUAGAUAAAAUAUGGGCUUUGAUGAGACAUUACAUAAUGCAAAAACUUGAACAGCACAAGGCUGUGAACGUUCCGGGGGAAAAAAGGGAGAUUGAAAACAAAAAGAGGCGACCAAGCUGUCAAUCUUAAUGAAACUGAACUUGGACAUAUUUGUUGUUGUUCCAGCCUCCCAGCAGACCUCCCCCCACCUCCUAGGUCUCUCCGUUCAUAUUUGUGGACUUGCUAAUUUUGAAUUCCCUUAGAAUGUCAGAUGUCGGAUCGCAGUGAAAUUCCGUUGGAGUCUUUGAUUUAGACACGUGUGAUUAAUUCUCGUUAAUUUUUUCCACUCACUCUGGAAAUCACAAGUCGCUCUUCUUCAGGUUUAGAAGUAAUCAAAUCUUGUCAGUUUGCAAUUCAUAUGAUAUAUUUUCUCUUGUUAAUUAAUCUUGCAAAUUACAAAACGAAAUCCAAUUCUUGUGCUUUUAAUUCAGCAUUAUGAUUGGGCUGCCGUAAGAUUUUGCUAAUAUAUACACACGGUACAGGAGCAUUUCACAACAUGCGGGAGAUCCAUAUUCAACUGAUUCCAUUGUGUUUCAUGUCAUGUGGAUAAACUACAAGGCGUAAAUAAAAAUAUAACUCUGUCAUCUUGAACUGAAGGGGAUCCAAUUCUCAGUAGUGGUAAGGAAGCCAGCAAAGAAAACCGUGUGAUAGCAGAUUGUUCCCAGACAGUUUUAUGGCAUAUUUUCUUUACAAUGCAGGUCUUAUUUUCCCCAGAGAAGAACUCAACUUUUCUCCCAGGCUUAUCAUAAUUGCGGAUGUUAAGCGUAUUCCACAAAUGAGCAGGUCAUAAGUGACGAAAUUACAGUAAUUCGUUCCUUUUUCCAAAAAGGAACUGUAAUGCCAUCACAUUUUAGAAUUGUGUAAUUGUUACGACCCAAAACCUACAAGAAUUACUCGUUACUCGUUUCUUUUUCAUCUUCCAGAAUGGCCUUAAUUUUUUUGUUUAUCUUGUGACAGCUGAGGAAACUUAAGGCUGAACAGAAUUUUUUGCUAUUUCCAUUUAGCUGAUUAUAAUUAAUAAGAGUCAGGGUUGAAAAUUGUGCUUGCUCUUAACUACUGUGAAGGUGUUCUUGGUUUUAAAUCUUGUUGCAUUUGCUCCCUUAUUGUUUACAUCUUCUCAAUCAAGUUCCGUUGGACUAAAGACCUGAUUUUUCAGUUUAAUUGUCAAGCAGGGAAAAUCCUUCUCUGGCUUGAGUAUGAUGCAUCAAAUUUCCAAAGCCUCCAUGCAUUCACAACUUAAAGCAUAGGUUUCUAACAGGGAAGCUUUACCGGCUUGACCAUGUCAAAUACUGCUUUUCCAUCACGACUUAAAUUGCGACAUUGUUUCAAACCUUCAACAAUCAUAACCCCAGUCAGGGUCCCAAUAUUGACUCCUCAAAGCAUUAUGAUCCGAUACAUUUUAAACGAUUAUGCCAAGAUUACAUGUCAAUGCUCAUUAUUGAAAAAUGUUUACACGAAGUCUUCCACUGUUAACCAUUAGGACUGCUUGAAGCCAAACACACAAAUUCUUGAGAGAAUUAUGGUGUUAGUGGUCUAAUGUACCCGAUAGAGGCACGACAUGGUUCCCUAAAGGGCGUGGGUUCGAAUCCCGCCUUCGGAGAAAACCUCAUGGGGCAAAAACCAUGAAAAAUUGGUCAUCUAAAUUUUAGGAAAUGUAACGAGUAAUGCCAUUACAUUUUUUUCGAGUAACGGUUGUGUAACGGAUUAUCAUUUUUGACCAAAAUAAUAGUAACUGUAAUUCGUUCCUUUUAUUGAGGAACGAAUAGUGCCCUGAAAAUAAGGGCCAUAAACAAACAAAAAAAUUACAAUUGAUUUACUAUGCAAUAAUGAUCCCAAAAGCUUUUCAAGUUAGGUCAUUGUUUCAUUGUUUCGAAACUUGAAGGGUUGCUGGAUUAUCACGACCUAAUGCCCUACAAAUUGUGCAAAUUUAUCAAAUAAGAAUAUUGUUGCCAAAUGUUUGAUUUCUACCAAGAGGGCACGCAAUCCCUCCGUAGAGCUUCUUUGAUUACGUUUGAUUAUGAUCGAUUUCUUCUCCUGUCACUUUUUAUUUAAUAGGCGAGAAUAGAUACAGAGCAAUAACUAAGGGAUGUUCGUCUUCUUUUGAUUUUUUUAUUCUUAAAAGGACUUGCUUUCUUGAACAAAGUGCGGUAUAUAUUUUCAAAAUCGUAUUUGGAGUGGUUGAGUCGGAGGGAUGAACCUCGCCCGUCCAGCAAAGACAGCCAUCAACAUCUUCCGAUUACAAUUCUGAUAGGCAGUGUCGUGUCCAAAUCAGCUUGAUUCUUCGUCCGUGGGUGUGGUUAGGGUCUAAGAGUUUCCCUUCAGAAUGGUCGGGGAGGAGACUCGAACCGGGGACCUCUCUCAUUACACGAAACUGAGCUAACCACUACUCCACGGCUUUUGGCUUGGUCUAUCACGGGAUUUUGAACCCGUACAUUGUAUGUAAUCCCCAGUACUAUUGAAGUCAAAUGGUACAAUUUUUCUCCUUGUUACCUUUUAAUCAUGAUAUGUCACUAAUUCCUGUUAGUUACCUUUUUGGCAAAUGUUACUGCCUUUUAGUUACCUUCGAUACCUAUUUUUCUACCUUUUUCCGGGGUCUAAUUAUUAUCCAAACGCUAUCAAUCUCUGUAAGUAAUUAUUUGAAGUACACGGAUGAUUCCAUUCUCUAAACUUCUUGUCUACAAACAGUAAUCCUGACUCCAAAAGCUGUAAGCCAAUUUCUCAUCACGCCGCCAGCUGUACUCCAGACUUUGAUGUCCGUCAUCCAAUCCGCAGACCGCCAUCAGUCAGUUCACGAUGGGUAUCAGGCUCGAUAAUGACACCGUGAAGCUAGCAGCAAGAUUUUGGCCUCGCUGUCACCUGGAUUCGUCGUCCAGAGGCUCGACAUGCCAAUCCCCAUCGAUUCGUUGUCCCGUCCCUGGAAAUCAGGCCGCCAUAAGUGAUUCAGUCAUGAUGAAUAAGGAUGCAUGUACUCGACAAGCAUGUUUGUACUACAUACUGUACGUUCAACUUGACGUAGCGAACUCCCUCAAGUUUGGGGCUUGCUCUCCCGAUGACCGAGUGCAAGUUUAGUAUAAGAAGAGUGACCGAAGUGGUCCCAAUUUCAAUUGUGCACAAACCGAGAAGCUUACAACAAUACAUUUGUGAGGGUAUCAUUUCCCAAAUCUGAAUUGAACACAAGAUGAUUGUCGCCCUUCUGGCCAGCUUCAUACUCUUGACGUGGGUGGUUCAACCGUCAGAGUCACUGUAUGUUCCACAUGGAUCACCAAUCAUUCAAGCUCUUCACUCCGAAUCGCCUAGCUUAGAACUUGAUACAAGGUUCCUACGUUCCAUGGAGAGUCCAGAUGUGAAUGAUCCAGAUUUGGCCAACUUCUCCACUGAAGACCUUUAUCGAUUGGCAUUGAUCUUGGAACAGAUCAGGAAAACUGGGAUGAUGCCAGAGAUCUCCGCAGAAGAUGAACGGGCCCUUCAAGACCUUAUGUCACGAGUAUCCGGUGGCAACGAACCCAAUCGAAGGCAAUUCCUCCAAAUCCGACAUUAAAAUGUUCCAAUAAGCCUUGUGCGAUCCGUUCCGCGUGAAUUUGUUGUCGUUACUACCUCCUUAUUCAUAAAUUAUUUACUCAAUUGUACGUUUAUAAGACAGAAGUAUUAAAUCUUAUUGUAAGUCAGAAAUACAUUCAUAAAUCAAUUAAGUGUCGAAAAAUGUCUUGGGCACUACAUUUGAUUGGUUCUUACAUUUA